AUCCCUGGCACUUGCUUGAGAGAGGCUUGUUCGGUCAGCGGCUGUGCGCAAUGGCGGCCUGUCUGCACUGGCUGCUCUUCUUUCCGGGUCUUCUCUCUUUGGUAGAGGCCGCAGAUUGGAAAAGUGAGCGGCCUCAGAAACACACGAGUGUCAGAUGUCAGUGCAGGACGGUGCUCUUCUCUUCUGCCGGCGUGCAGGGCACUCUCCAUCUGACUUCCUGCUGAGAGGUCACAUCCUAUUUCGCGGUAGGUGACACCUGCUCUCCGAGAUGUGUCCAACUGGCUUGCAUUCUCAUGAUUGCGUUGUCAGGUCCUGACCAGCCGCUCCCUCCACCAACCUCUCCCAAUGAAGAUCCACCUGCCCCUGCCCUGUCCUCUUUUGUGCUCACUGUCCCCCAUCACGGCCUGCUGCCACACGCACCUCGCCACAUCCUGCCGGCCCCUUCGUCGUUGGGGCGAGAAGGCAUUCAGUCCAUUGCAUAUGGCAGUCCACAGCUGUCAGAGCUGCCAGCGGAAGUACCAGAAGGCACAAGUGCUGCGGAUGCAGCAAUGGGGGCUGUGACUGAGUCGGCCAGGGAGAUAGAGGUUGCCACGGAGGGCCCAGGGAGUGAGGCCGCGGUAUGUCGUGAAAUUCAGCAUCAGAGACAUGUACACGCGCUUGCUGUGUCUGUCUGUGGGUCUAUAUCAUGCAGGUAGAGAGUGGGGCUCCGCCUGAUGUCGAGUCCCCUGUGCCUGCUGACAUCACAUCUCCAACGAUGGCGGCGGGUUCAUCGACGCCACCGCUUGAGACGGUCAGACGCGUAACACCAUCGAUUGGUGGUUCAUGUCUCAUCUCCGCUUCAGGUUCCGAGUGAUCUGCCUACAGGUGGCCCGUCGUCACCACCUCUUCAGCCGACAGCGGCGGCGCCGUCAGCUGAGGGCCCUUCAGCAAUCCCACUGGAGCCCGCCACAGUGACUGAAAAAUCAGAAUGAAGCAUCCAGGCGUGUCUCAUGCUCUUUGUCUCUUCUUCGUCUCUCAGGUUCCUGCCGACACUAGCGUUGCCCCGAUGGUGACCGGCCCACCGACGGCGACUCCUUCAUUUCUGCCGACAGAAAUACCAUCUCAGGCUCCUCUCAGCGCUACUGUAAUCUACGCAUCAAAGACAUGGAUGCAUCCUGGGUGUGCCAAUGAGAUCUCCAUGGUUUCAGAGCCCCCCAAUCGCCACAGAAUUUCUCCCAACCACCGCUGUCCCCACGGCUGCCUCCAUGCCAUCUAGUCCUCCGGUGAGUGAAUGCGGGCGGGCAUUCGGUCGGUGGUGUGCAUGCGUGUGAUAUGAUAUGUAUCGUACAGGUCACGGUCACGGCCUCUCCAGUGCCGCUGGAAACUCUCCCUCCACCCAUCGUCCCAACCAUUCCCCCACAUGUCAUAACCAGCCCGGCGCCGCCAUCUCCAGCUGUGACGAUGCCGCCUGUUCCACCACCACCACCUGUUCCAGCAGAGGUGCCCGCAGAAAUGCCGACCACCAGACGGCCACAGGAAGCGCCUCCGCUCCCACCGGCCAGAGGGACGACGGCACGGCCCAUCAGAGAAAUGGCUACGGCAAUACCGGCAAGUGUCGGCCCUACUGAGGCUGUGACGACUGAGAUGCCGCCACGUGAGGAAAAGGAGGUGUUUGCACCGCCACCGCCGACGAGGGCGCCAACCGAUAUCAAGAAGGACUUGGGCGAUGCGAACGACACCUUGGAGGCGCCAAAAGGGGACGAUGUAAGUGAAGUGACGGUGGUGUUUUGUUUUCAUCUCAUGGCGUGCAAUCAACUCAGGAUCAGGUGGUUGAGGCGGCGGUUCAUCUGGACUAUCCCUUCGAAGACAUAAAGGACCUCGGAGCAUUCAAGGAAGAAGUGGCGAUCGCCCUCGCAGAGGCGGGACACAUAUCGGUAGGAAGAGAGCAAGACACGGAGACGCUGAUGGCUGACGUUGGAUGCUCGAACACCUCUCCCGUCAUUCAGCUGGAUCGUAUCAUUGUCUUGGACGUCAAGCCGGGGUCCACUGUCGUCACUGUCGAGGUGGGCGAUCAGCAGGCGGUCAACGCAACCGUAGUAGUCCGGCUUUGGUGUGUGUGUGUGUGUGUGUGGUGCAGAUUCUUUCGCCCAACGACCCGGGCGAGCCCGACGCUGAGGGCGCCUUCCACUCUAUAAGCCAGGAGUUGUCAGAUCCAAACGCGCCCAUUCAUCAGGGCAUCAAGGGAGACCUUUUCGCCAAUGCCACCGUGGUCGAACAGCCUCACGGUGAGACCGAGAGACACUGAGACAUGGACGAGAGACACAAACCACACUUGUCUGUUUGUUUGUCUGUCUGUCUGUCUGUCAGGAACUGUUGUUGACGAGGACACUCUCCCAGAUCUUCCGACAUUGCCGCCAGAGAUAGCCCAACGAGUGAGUCAUCCAGCGAGGGAGAGAGGGGGAGGACUGCUUACUCACACUCCAUGCGGCGGUCGAUCGAUGAAUGGCUCAUGUCCUGUGCAGGAAAUGUCUGAGGAUUUCCCCACGAGUGGAAGGGGGUGUCGCGACGGCCUCAAGUAUUGUGACGAGUUGAAGGGAUGUAUCGGGGAGACACAUAACUGUCCACAUGCACAGACAAGUAAGAAGACGCCAAGACAGCCACGGCACUCUCAUCUAGUUCAAUCCUCCAUCUCGCAGCCAAGGAGUCCACAGCGGCGCCCUUUCCCGACACUGGUGGGGAUGUCCGUGUCUCCUCCAUCACGGAACAGUUCGCAGACGAUGAUCCCUUCGAUUGGGACGAAGCCACGCAGGGAGGUCAGGCACACGCACAGAGAGAGAUACAUGCAUGCAGGCCAGACCAGCCCUCACCCAAUUCGUGUGUCUCUCCUCUGCAUCUAUAAUAUCAGUGGCCAACCCUUAUGUGGUUGGGGUCAACUGGAGGUUUCCCGUGGUCAUUGGCUUGGCGGCGGAUUCGCCAAUGGCGGAGUCCGACAGCCGCCGGGGCGGGUGCGAAAGGGGAGGAUAAGAGGGGGGAGGGGAUAGAGCUAUGUUGAUUGAGUGUGGUGUGUGGCGGGAGAGCCAUCUGUGUGUUGUGCGUGGAUGGAUGGAUGGAUGGAUGCGCGGCAUGUGGUCGUCGUCAGCGUAGACGGACUCAUAUAUCGCACGGUGUGUGCAUUGCUCAUGGUCGAAUUAAUUGCACUUGAAGCACC